AUGCCCGCCACGCUGUCGGCGCCAGAGCUGGCCAGCGCGCGGGAGCUCAAGGACGCCGUGGCCGAGGCCGUCGAGGCGUUCCGGCGGCGCUCGGUGGCCGAAUCGACGCUGUCGUUGCGGGCGAAGGAUACUGCCGACGACGAGCUGGAGGAGGACGAUGUUGAUUCCUCGCCUGGCGCGGUGCCUUCGAACGAGGCCGUGUUCGAGUUCGAGGACGUGUUCAGGUUCGGUGGCAUGUCUGAUGCCGGAUCGUACUACGCGAGCCUGGCGCAGGGGCUGCUCGUAGACCCGCCGGACGCCGCCGGCGCGUGGCGGGAGGACGUCGAGCAUGGCACCACUGACAUUGCACUGUGGAGCCACUAG